AUGGGUCUAUUGGCGCUGAUCGUCAUCUUUAUUGUCUAUGUGGUCUUUGUGUAUCGCCGACAACUGGUUCAACUUUGGCGACUCAAUCGCCACUGCAGCGCCGCAUUCGUGAAAGUUCCAGGACCGCCGUGUUUACCGGUUAUCGGCGCUGCUCAUCUGUUCAAAUGGAAUGAUCUCGCUCCUAAAGAAGAAAAAUCUGAAGUAAAUGAUGGAUUUCAGGUUCUUGUCGAUCUCAUCGCCGAAGAAAAAGGAUUCUUCGAUCUGUUUCCUUAUAUUAAACGAUGUGCUUUAGACAUUAUUUGUGAAACGGCUAUGGGAACGGCAAUCAAUAGUCAAACCAAUGGUAACAGCGAAUACGUUCUGGCGGUGCAAAGAUUGACCUCAAUUCUUUGGAAAUACCAAAGGUUUCCGUGGCUAUGGCUGAAGCCAAUCUGGUAUUUGAGCGGAAUUGGAUUUGAGUUUAAUCGUCUUGUCAAACUCACCAAUGAUUUCACCAGGAAGGUGAUAGCUGAAAGAAAGCGUUCUAUGAAAGAGCGAAAACUAAGUGAGGACACUGAAGGCAACCUGAACAAAAAGAAACUUGCCUUUCUAGACCUCCUACUGCAUAUGCAACAUUCAAAUGAACUAACCGACGAAGAUAUAAGAGAAGAGGUCGAUACAUUUAUGUUUGAAGGACAUGACACGACUUCGAGUGGAAUCGGAUUCACUGUGUGGUGGCUUGGACAAAUGCCAGAAUGUCAAAAGAAAGUUCACGAAGAGUUGGAUAGUGUUUUUGGUGAUUCGGAUCGUUUGCCUACACAAGAGGAUCUCAAAAAGCUUGUCUAUCUAGAGAAAUGCAUCAAAGAAUCGCUUCGGCUUACUCCUUCCGUUCCGCUUGUGGCCAGGAAACUCUCCAACAAUGUUUUGAUUGGACAAAAAUUCGCUGUGCUCGAAGAAAAAGCGGUGCUGUCUUGGAUUUUUCGGCGUUAUCAUGUUGAAACCGAGGAGCCAUUUCCAGAGAAUUACCCGAUUCCUCAGCUCGUCUUGACUCCUUUAAACGGCAUUCGAGUUCGGCUAACAAAACGAUGA